UCCUCCCGGCUUCCACCUCUCCUCUCCUUAUCCUUUCUUGGGCGGCAACCUCACGUCGCCGGCCACCGCGUCUCUCCCGACAUUCCCUGGGAGGCACAGGGAAAGGAGCAGGGACAAGGAAUCUAGUUAUAUGCGGCUGCGGUGCUCGAGCAGUGCCAGAGCGCGGAGGCAACGCAAGAGAUCGGAUUCCAUGCUUGCUCCGCCAUGGCCAUUCCAUUCUUGGCAACUUUGAUCCUUGGCUUGCUCCGGCCGUCCACGGCAACGUACCCGACCGAGAAGGUCACCGGCGUGGGCGCGGGCCGAGAUAAGUAGCCGCGGGUGCUUGCCGCCUCGCUGAUGGCACUUGCCGCCGCGCCGCCAUGCCCACCACCCCGAGGAAAGCUAGAGCUGGAGCCGCCGUCGUCGAGAGGGCGGUGAUGCCGGUGUGGGGCGGCGGCGGGAGGUACGGGCGGGUGGUGGCGGCGGCGGUGGUGGUGCUCGGCCUGCUCGCGGCGCGGUGCGACGCGAAGAAGAUGUCGUCGUUCGUGGGGACGUACGGGGUGAACUACGGGCGGAUCGCCGACAACCUGCCGCCGCCGGCGGAGGUGGUGAAGCUGCUGCGGAUGGCGCGGAUCAAGAACGUGAAGAUCUACGACGCGGACCACUCGGUGCUGGACGCGUUCCGCGGGUCGGGCCUCAACCUGGUGAUCGCCAUCACCAACGGCGAGGUGAAGGACAUCGCGGCGAACCCGGCCAAGGCCAUGGACUGGCUGAACGAGAACGUGCAGCCCUACUACCCGUCCACCCGCAUCGUCGGCAUCACCGUCGGCAACGAGGUGCUCGGCGGGCAGGACGCCGGCCUCGCCGAGGCCCUCGUCGGCGCCGUCGUCAACGUCCACGACGCGCUCAAGAUGCUCCGCCUCGCCGACAAGAUCGAGCUCACCACGCCGCACUCCGAGGCCGUCUUCGCCAACUCCUACCCGCCCUCCGCCUGCGUCUUCCGCGACGACCUCAUGGUGUACCUCAAGCCGCUGCUCGACUUCUUCUCCGGCACCGGCGCCCCCUUCUACGUCAACGCCUACCCGUUCCUCGCCUACAUGAGCGACCCGGCGCACAUCGACAUCAACUACGCCCUCUUCAAGCCCAACUCCGGCGUGCUCGACCAGAAGACCAACCUCCACUACGACAACAUGUUCGACGCCCAGGUGGACGCCGCCUACGCCGCGCUCAGCGCCGCCGGCUACCCGGACAUGGAGGUGCGCGUCGCCGAGACCGGCUGGGCGUCCGCCGGCGACGCCACCGAGGCCGGCGCCGACCCGGGCCACGCCCGCACCUACAACGCCAACCUCCGCAAGCGCCUCUUCCUCCGCAAGGGCCCGCCGUCCCGCCCCAACCGCGUCGUCAAGGCCUACAUCUUCGCCCUCUUCAACGAGAACCUCAAGCCCGGCCCCACCACCGAGCGCCAUUACGGCCUCUUCAAGCCCGACGGCAGCGUCUCCAUUGAUCUUGGCUUCAAGGGCCUCGUCCCCUCCUCCUCCUCCUCCCUCCUCCCAUUCAUGAGAGCUCGAGAAAGGGGAUGGAUUGCACUUGUACAGUACACGGCUACGCUUCUUUCAUGUACAUUCAUUUUUCUAGCUUUAAUUUAGUGAUCUGAUUUACAACCAGAUUUAGUUUACUGACUGUCAAAAUCGAUCUGUCAUGCUCAUGCCCGUGUGAGAAAAAAGAUUCGUUCUUUGGAUGCAAAUUCCAGGAAAAUCGUGGCAUCGAAAUUCAAAAUAAUUGCUCCUCCUGUA